GAGGUCCAUAAAUGAGCGCAUUAGUUAAAACCUCGAGUCACCUCUUGGUAUGUUACUUGCUAGUAGUUGCUUUACUCUCUUCCAUUGUUAUUUUUCCUUCUUCUUUGCUUUCGUCUCCAGCAUCGCCAUGGCAGCUCCGUCUCUUGUUCUCCUCAUCGCUCUCUCUGUUCUCUUCAUUUCACUCCCGAGAUCUGAAUCUCUCCCCGUGAACCCAUCCCUCAUUCUUCAGGACGACGGAUUCGACUGGCCGAUCUCUCGUAUCGACGCAUCCGACACAGACGAAGAAGGAGAAAGCCUCGAAGAUGGCGAUGACGUCGGUGUCGGAGAUAGACGGUCAUUGUACUGGCACAGGAAGAGAUACUACAUCUCGUACGGUGCAUUGUCGGCGAACAGAGUCCCCUGUCCUCCAAGAUCUGGGAGAUCGUACUACACUCACAACUGCUUCAGAGCCAGAGGUCCGGUGCAUCCGUACAGUCGAGGCUGCUCGUCGAUCACUAGAUGCCGGAGAUAACUAGAUGAAAAGACUUUGCUGCAUUAUCCAUGGGUGUUUUGGUAUUUUCGUAUCAACGAACUCUGUUUGUAGUGUUCCGUUCGAUUUCAAUGUAUCGUGUAGUAAACCGUAUUUAAUUACGUUUAUUUGACUUAAUUAAACCCGGGGAUUAUUAUUCGAGUGCUAUCUAUCUACAUGUAUUACUGCUA